AUGAUUGGAUUUGGCGCCAGGGCAAACUUUCGCGAUCAAUUUCAUCCACCAACUCCAUAUGAGACAUGGCUAAGAGGUUUCACAGCUGGCAACAGAAUUCGUGUCGUCGGUAUAUCAGGACCAGAAGCAAGGAGAUUUGCGGAGAGAGCUGUUGUGCGAAACAGUACCAAGUAUGGAGCUUGGCAACAAGAAGAACGACAAGAAUCUACAUUUCCAUUCCAGAAGGAUUCAUUUUUCACCGUAGAUUUAUUGGCUGGAGCCAAUGAAGUUGCGGUGAACGUCAAUGGAACAUAUCAUUGUACCUUUACAUAUCGCGAUGAUCCACGAGCGGUGACAACAUUAAAUAUAAAUGGCGAUAUAAGAUUACAUAACGUUCAAGUUUUUGCAUAG